ACUUUAGGGAAUGUGCAAUAAAAUUAGAAGUUAAUUGGGUGUUUGAGUGUGACAAAUUAGAGGUGUACAUAAAAGAAGUGAAAUUAAGAGUGUGUGAGGAGAUCAACUCGGAAGGGCUCGAGAAAGCAGGAGAAAUCGAGCGAUUAGCAAUGGCUUCUCAGAAGAUCAAAGUGACGAAUCCAAUUGUUGAGAUGGAUGGGGAUGAGAUGACUAGAGUUAUUUGGAAAUCCAUAAAAGAUAAGCUUAUAUUCCCCUUUCUGGAGCUGGAUUUAAAAUACUUUGAUCUUGGUGUCCUGAAUCGCGAUGCUACCAAUGACAAAGUCACAAUCGAAUGUGCAGAAGCUACGCUCAAGUACAACGUGGCAAUUAAAUGUGCAACUAUAACACCAGAUGAAGACCGUGUUAAGGAAUUCAACUUGAAGCAGAUGUGGAGGAGUCCAAAUGGAACUAUCAGAAACAUCCUUAAUGGUACGGUAUUUAGGGAACCAAUAAUCUGCAGAAAUGUCCCAAGGCUUGUUCCAGGUUGGACAAAACCGAUAUGCAUAGGGAGACAUGCUUUUGGAGAUCAGUACCGUGCAUCAGAAGAGGUCAUUCGGGAAGCAGGAACUCUAAAAAUGGUAUUUGUUCCAGAUGGGAAAGGUGACAAGACAGAAAUAGAAGUUUAUCGUUUUAAACAUCCAGGAGGAGUUGCAAUGUCUAUGUACAACACUGAUGAGUCUAUACAAGCUUUUGCUGAGGCUUCAAUGAGUACUGCUUUUCAAAAGAAAUGGCCACUUUAUCUUAGCACAAAAAACACUAUUCUGAAGAAAUAUGACGGGAGAUUCAAGGAUAUAUUCCAGGAGGUUUAUGAAACAAAGUGGAAGUCGAAAUUUGAGGCUAUAGGAAUAUGGUAUGAACAUCGACUUAUAGAUGACAUGGUUGCUUACGCUAUGAAGAGCGAAGGAGGCUAUGUUUGGGCAUGCAAGAAUUAUGAUGGAGAUGUCCAAAGUGAUUUCUUGGCUCAAGGAUUUGGAUCGCUUGGGUUGAUGACCUCUGUUUUGGUAUGUCCAGAUGGGCGGACUAUUGAAGCUGAAGCCGCCCAUGGAACAGUUACUCGCCACUUUCGUGUUCAUCAGAAAGGAGGUGAAACAAGUACAAACAGUAUAGCAUCCAUCUUCGCAUGGACACGUGGACUUGCACACAGGGCUAUGUUAGAUGACAAUGCCAAGCUCUUGGACUUCACUAAUAAGCUUGAAGCAGCAUGCAUCGGAACUGUUGAAUCAGGGAAGAUGACUAAAGAUCUGGCACUCCUUGUACAUGGGUCAAAGCUUAAGAGGUCUCAAUAUUUGAACACUGAGGAGUUCAUCGACGCUGUGGCUAAGGAAUUGAGAGCACGGCUAGCUGUCAGAUCAAAGAUGUAAAUUUCACCAAGAAAGUGGUUAUUAUUAUUAAUUUAUUAUUCAUAUUAUUAUUAUUAGUAAUUUAUUGUAUAAACCUUUUAUGUUUUUAUUCCUCUACCUACAAUGAGAAAGCAAGGGCAGUGCUAAGUACUUGCUCCUAAUAAAGCUUUUCUGUACUUAAACCUAGGUAGCUAUCUAUGGAUCUAUAAUAAUGUUCAAAUUUGAUACUUUUUCA